AUGAAUUUAAUAGAUUUAUUGUAUAGACAUCGUCGUAGCGAGCCUACAAUCCUCUUGGGAUUAAAACUCUUUACAAUGACUAUUCUUAUGGCUUGUUUGACAGGUUAUCUCGUCGUUGUAAUAAUUGAUGUAAAACAAGAUGACGGUCUAAUUAUCAAAACUUCUUAUAUUAAUGUUGAUGCUAUUCCUCCUCCGAUUGCUAAUACGACAGUUAAAUGUUCACCAGAAGACUCAGAAGUAACAGCUUAUCAGAAUGGAAUUUAUUAUAGAGUUUAUAACCCAUCACCAAAUGUUUUAUUUAAUGAUUCAUUAACGGGUUUAACUUUAAUAUUAACUACUAGCGAAGAUUUUAAUCCCAAUACAGACCAAGAAAUAAACGUAUCUGCUUUUGAUUCAGAAUAUGAUAUAUAUCUUAAGUUAUUGAAAGAAAUGACUGCAUAUGACGAUUCAAUUUAUAAUUUGAAUAAGUAUAAAAUAAAGCCAGCUCAGUUUUACGAUUUUUCAUAUUCUCGUGUGAUUAGAGAAUCAAUGAAACCAAAUUGGAUGAACGAUUUUGGGGUUCCUCCAACUUAUGAACAGCAAUCGAAUAUUGAAUCAGCUUUACUUGGAGGACCGUUGUUAUAUAAGUCGACGGAGGGUAGUUUAAUAUCUUUUAAUAUAAAACCUAAGAGCAAAAAUGUCAUUCGAGUAGAAAAAGAAGUUAGAUCAAAGACAUACUUAAGUGGACUGGGUUUAAUAGGUGGUGCAUGGGGAUUAAUAGCAGCACUAUACGCAUUUCUUUUUGGUGCUGAUACGUUACGACCAUGGGGAGCCGUACAAUCAUAUUGCUGCGGAAUUUCUCGAUUUACACAAAAAAAACUUAAUAAAAUCUUCCCAAUAAUUCCAUUUUCUGACACAUCAUAUAAAAAUUUUAAAAAAUAUCCUCCAUAUCACGAACUUUCUUCAGACGAACAGACUGAAUUAAGAAUUAAUAGUUUAGAAUUAUUUUUACGAGAAUAUGUUGUUAACGUACAUUAUUUAGAUGGUAUUCAGGAUAGAUUAGUAAUUAGGCCUAAAACGAUUUCGGAUUCUACAACUAACCAAGAGGCACAAAAUAUGAAAGAAGAGUUUGAUAAUCUAAAUGCGAAUUCAACAACGCACUUUACGGAAUCUACUGUUACGCAACAACAAGAAGGUUUGGUUAAUGAUUCCAUUACGGUCAAGUACGACUGA